AUGACUGCUGAAUUCGAUCACGAGGCUCAACAAACUGUUGAAUCCUAUAAUCCAAAAUUAGAUACUGCCAUUAUUGAAUGCUAUGAUCCAAAAUUAGAUACUGACAUUACUGGUUCUCCAUUAAAAAACCAUUUAAUUGCCUUUUUAGGUGAAUUCUUUGGUACGUUUAUUUUCUUAUGGGUUGCUUUCGUUAUUGCCCAAAUUGCCAACCAAGACCCAAACAUUUCAAAAGCUGGAGGUGGAUCUAAUCCUCCACAAUUAAUUAUGAUUUCCUUUGGUUUCGGAUUUGGUGUUAUGAUGGCUGUUUUCAUGUUCUUCAGAAUUUCUGGUGGUAACUUAAACCCAGCUGUUACUUUAACUUUAGUUUUAGCUCAAGCUAUCCCACCAAUCAGAGGUGCUAUUAUGAUGGUUGCUCAAAUCAUUGCUGGUAUGGCUGCUGCUGGUGCUGCCUCAGCCAUGACUCCAGGUCCAAUUGCCUUUGCUAAUGCUUUAGGUGAUAGAUGCUCUAGAUCAAGAGGUGUUUUCAUUGAAGCCUUUGGUACUGCCAUUUUAUGUUUAACUGUUUUAUUAAUGGCUGUUGAAAAGCAUAAGGCUACUUUUAUGGCUCCAUUUGCCAUUGGUAUCUCCCUUUUCUUAGGAAAUUUGAUCUGUGUUUACUACAGUGGAGCUGGUUUAAACCCAGCCAGAUCUUUUGGUCCAGCCGUUGCUUCUAGAUCGUUCCCAGACUAUCACUGGAUUUACUGGGUCGGACCAAUCUUAGGUUCCGUCAUUGCUUUCUCCAUCUGGAAGAUCUUCAAGCUCUUAAACUACGAAACCUGUAACCCAGGUCAAGAUGCUGAUCACUAA